UGCGUGCGUCCGACUGCGAACUGCGUAUACACUGUGUGCGGCCGCCAGCAGCACGGUCCACGCCUCGCCGAGCGCGUCGCACUCCCGCACACGGACUCGGCGCGCACGAGGCACGUCGUCAACAAGUGCACCGCCCAGGACUCGGCCAGUGUCAUAUGCGGUCGACGGCGCUGAAGAGGCAGUUUGCGCGCCUACGCAAACUACGCUUAGACCGCGUGCGCCGGUGGUGAAGCUCGGUGAAGGUGCGGCCCGUGUGGAAAGUGGAGAGGUCCAGCACCGCAAUGAGCACCGCCUCCUGGAGGGCGACGUCGUGGACGUGGACCUCGUCGUGGACGUGGCUGCUGCUCCUCGCGUCCACAGCCGCGGUGGCGGCGAUCCGCGAAUCAUCCUCCGCGGCGUCGUGCUCGCGGCUGGUGAUCCCGCACGGCCGCGUCAAGGGCGGCGUCAUCCCGGACGGGCGCAAGGUGCGCGUCCGCUGCAGCCCGGGCUACCGCCUCGUCGGCGACAAGGAGAUGGUGUGCGUCAAGGGCCAGUGGAGCGCCGCCCGGCCGUCCUGCGUCAAGCCGGGGUGCAACACGGUGCCGGUGCGCGCCAUCAAGAAGGGCAUGGGGCUGGUGCUGCACAACGGCGGCAUCGCGCGCUUCUACUGCGACCACGGCUACCGCCUGGUGGGCAGUCCCGUCCUCGCCUGCGAGGGCCGCUUCUGGAACGCCACCAUCCCCAAGUGCAAGACGUCGUGGGAUGGCCCAGGUGAACCCCCCAAGUCCUGCGCCAUGGACAUGACCCGCGGUGGCCUGUGCGGCUGGACCGCCGUCGACUACCGACCUGCGACCGAGCCGGGCCCCGUGCCGCACCUGCUGCAGCUGGACAACGCCGACGGCGCGGACGGCAGCCUCUACUCGGCCGAGUUCGCCGCCGCCUGGUCGCCGCACGCCUGCUUCAGCGCCAGCGUGCGCUCGAGGGUCGUCAACGCGCCGCAGCACCCACGCUGCAAGGUGUCCAACAACCAUACCAAUGUUCAUUACACUUUUCAGCUCAAAUUUCUACCAAAUAUCUACCCCUAG